AUGGAUCACGAACAAGAAAGAGAAUUGAUUACAAAUGGUUCUGAGCCUUCAGGAAUGGAACUUCCUAUUACACAGGCCCCCAGAAGUGAAUUUGAGAUCACCGAAAAAGAACUUGUCUCGCAUCUCUUAACGCAAGUCCUUUAUUUGUAUAUGUGGAAUACUUUUUCAAGUACUCAGAAAUCUCAAAAACUUUAUUUUCAGAUAGAUCGUUAUGUAUUUCCUCUGAUAGAACCACACAGUCGACUGAGAGAACUAAUGGUUUUCAGUAAAAAGAAUUCAAUUGGUUCAGAAGUAGAAAAGGUCUUGCAAGAAUACGUUUUAGAAUUUUUUGUUAGACAUACUCGAGCAAUGAGCGAACUAUACACGGCUGAAAAUCAAUAUUUCUUUGAUUUUUUAUUUUCAAUAAGCAGUGUGGUGCUGGCUAUUGAUAUUACUUAUGAUUGCUUGUCAGUAGUUAUGAAUGCAGAAACUUGGAGUUAUGAGAAGGCUAUCGUUGGAACACUACAGCAUGUUGUUCUACCAAUAAUUGAAAGAUAUUUUGAUCCAUUAUUUACUACUGGAGAAAUUAAUGCUUUACUAGAAGGAGAUUUUCCUUUUAUAAGUUCGGAAAACACUAUGGAACUACAAACUAGAGAACAGUGUUCUCCUUUUUGGACAACAGCUGUCAUACAGAGUGUGAAAGAUGGCGUUUUGAAUGCUCGUCGUUUACGAGCUGGCAGUUAUGAUUACGAAGCACCAACCAAAUUUUCGGUUCAUUUUAAACAAGCUUUGAAAGUAGAGAAUGAUUAUGUGUUCAUUCCUGCUCAAAUAAUUAUGGCAAGUAUGGAAUAUGCAUGUAGGAAGUGUGCCAAAAGUAACUCCGUUAUCCUCUUUCGUGCAAUACAGGAAGAAAAUAAACUGCCAAACAUUUUCAGAAAUAUGGAGUUAGUGUAUACGGGAUCUGCUAUUCGUGAAAUGAUAUGUGAAUUGUAUGGAGCAACUCGUAUUACAGAGGACACCUCUUUGAUUCUUUCGUUUCGUAAAAGCCUCCGACUUCGUGGGUUCUCAGAUAAAACAUGCGAGGAAUGGACUAUUCAUAACAAUUCUGGUCAUCUCUAUGAAGUAACUAUCAAGCCAAAGGUAUUUUCUUUGUUAAAUUCAUGUUAUUUAAAAGAUCUGAUGUGGCCUUUUAACUUCUUGAUAGAAGAGAAUCUACUUCGCACCCUCAAUAUGUGCCUUUGUUUCAUGAUACGAUUGCUACAAGCACAUGACGCUUUGCUUUCAAUGCAAGCAGAUUUUAUCGCCGCAAAAAAAGUGGUCAAUAAUGAUUAUAGAUUAAUCCACUUAGUAUGUAGUAUCGCACAGCCGAUAUCUGCGAUAUCAGAAAUAUUUUAUGCACACUUGCAAACUAUGGUUUCGAAAAAAUUUGCUCUAGUGACUGCUUCGAAAAAUCUAGAAGAAGCACAGUCUCAUCUUAAAGACUUGGAUGCAGAACUUUACAAUUUAGUAAAAAAAUCAGAUACUACAACCCUCAUUCAUGAUGCUAUCGAAGCAUUGUGCUGUCGUGCAAGAGAACUCGAAUCGCGUUGGCGGAACAAUGACAUUACUUUAUCUGAUGUUCCCGAAUUAUUGAAAAUCGUACAACGAGAAAAGGAACUAUUAAUUGGUCUUGGUAAUUCGAUGCCGGGUACCAUAUUUGAGUAUCUUCAGCCAAUGCUGAUGUAG